GUGCGGUCAUGUGAUUACUCGUAACAGUAAAACUGUACAGAACAGAGCCACUCGUACACUGAGGCACCAACAAUGGGACUGGUAGAAGCAUCAUCAAGUUUGUUGUUUUUAUUCGCCAUUGUCGUCAAUAAAGGGCUCCCCAGUCCUUUGGCUGGCAAAGAAGCCUGGAAUUAUGUGGAAGUGAGAGACGGGGCCCACAUGUUCUGGUGGCUUUAUUAUGCUGACAACCCGUCUGCCUCAGACCUGCCUCUGGUCAUGUGGCUGCAGGGCGGACCAGGAGGAUCAGGAAGUGGAUUUGGGAACUUUGAGGAGAUUGGACCUUUGAAUAGGAACUUAGAGCCCAGAAAGACAAGUUGGGUACAGGCAGCCAGUGUGUUAUUUGUAGACAACCCUGUGGGGACUGGCUUCAGCUACACCAGAGAGGCCUGAUGGCUAUGCUACCAAUGUGGCCAUGGUGGCUUCAGACAUGCUGGUGCUGCUCAG